AUGCUUGACCAUCGUACCCGUAUGACGAAGUCCGCCUUCACUACUGCGGCGCUGGCCGCCGUGAAUGCAGUGGGCGUGAACGCUGCGCAGUCGUUCAAGCUCUCCCAGAAUCAUUCGGGGGCUAACUUCUUAGACAAUUGGACGUUCUACAAUGGGAUCGACGCAAACACCACCGGGAACGUCCUCUUCCAAACGAAAGAGCAAGCUCAACAAGAAAAUCUCACAUUCCUCAACAACGCGGGCAACUUCGUCAUCAAAGUCGACAACACAACCGACGGGUCAAACGACCCAACCUUCGGUCGACCCAGUGUAAAGCUUCUAUCCUCAUACACAAUCAACUCGGGGAACCUCGUCCUGUUCGACGCAGUACACAUGCCAUUCGGGCAGAUCUGGCCUGCGUUCUGGAGUCAGGGACAAAUAUGGCCGAAUGACGGCGAAAUCGACCUUAUUGAAGGUGUAAACAUGAGGACCCAAAACCAAAUCUCACUGCACACACUCGACGGAUGCACGCACCCAGACAACACAUCCUCUUCCUCAAUCGAGACAGGCCAACUCAUCUCAACCGACUGCUUCAACCAAACAAACGGGAACCAAGGGUGUAUCGUCCAAGUACCCGGCAACUCUUACGGCCAGACAUUUUCCCAAACCGGCGGAGGUGUAUACGCACUGAACUGGAACACCUCAGGACUCUACAUGUGGUUCUUCCCUCGUUCAAGCAUCCCCUCCGACCUACCCACAGACAACCCCAACCCAGAUGGCUGGGGUCUACCCUCUGCAGCGUACCCCACAUCCUCAUGCGACUCAAGCAAGUUCCUCCAAGCCCAGACGUUGAUCCUCGAUAUCACGAUUUGCGGGAACUUUGCUGGUGCUGCUGACGUCUUCACGUCUACGGGAUGUUCGGGUGUAUGCACGGACUUGGUGAAGACGCCGAGUAAUUAUGAUAAUGCGUUUUUCGAGAUUUCGUAUAUUCGGGUGUUUAGUCAGAAUGGAAGUGGGAGUAGUGGGAGUGGAAGUGGAAGUGGAGCGGUAGGUAUGCGUUGGUGGUUGAGGGAGACGUACUUCCUUCCGAUGCUUGUAGCGAUUUUCGCUGUGGGCUUGUCUUUCGUUGCUCUAUAG